CGGAGAAGUUUGCUUUAGGCUUUUUUUGUAUGCAAACGGAAGUAUCAACUUUAACGCGCGUCGACCUCGAGAAUGUAUACAUGGAUAGCCAGCUAGUUUGUGCUUUCCCUCAGAAUUUGAAUUCUGAAGAUUGAUUUUGUAUUUAGAGUGGUUGUACAGCGUCGUGGGCGGCUGUGUACGCGUGUGCUUAACUGAAACAAGUCGAAUCUAACUGGAUUCUAAACUGCUCAUGUCUUUAAAUCUGUUGUCAAAAGUCACUCAGGCCUUCUUCCUGGCCCACACAUGAAUGCAGGAUUCCUUCUUGGUUGCGCUGAGUGCCAUGCCUGACAGAGAUAGCACCUACCUGGCAGGUGGCGGCGGCGGAGGAAGCAGUGCGGUGGGUGUAGGUGCAGUAAUAGUAGGGGAGGACGGGGGAGCCAGCUCAAGUUUGUCUGGAGGUGGAGGAGGCAUAAGCGGAAGCACUGCUGGCUGUGGCGGGGUCGGUGGUGGGUCUGGGACCAUGGGAUGUGGUGGUGCCCUGGGAAACGGCCAUAACUGCGGAGGAGCCAGUGGAGGCUUUGGUUCUAGUCUGGCCUUAGACGGUGUGUGUCGGGACUUCUUGCGCAAUGUAUGCAAACGUGGUAAACGAUGCCGUUUUCGCCACCCGGACUUCAAUGAAGUGCCAGAUCUGGGUGUGCAGAAGAAUGAAUUUAUCUUCUGCCACGACCACCAGAACAAGGAGUGUGUACGCAUCAACUGCCGCUUUGUUCACGGCUCCAAGGAGGAUGAAGACUACUACAAGAAGACUGGCGAGUUGCCUCUGUGGCUACGUUGGAAAGUAGCUGCGGGAUUGGGCUUGUCACCUGCAGAUCUACCACAAAAUCGAGGAGAAGCUCCCAUCUGCAGGGACUACCUGAAAGGGGAGUGCCAGCGGGGGAACAAGUGCAAGUUCCGCCAUGUGCGGAAAGACCACGAACACGAGGCGUCUCGGGUUGGCAUGGGGGGCAUGAUUGGUGUCGCCGGUGCGGUCAGUGGAAUGGUAAACACAGGUGGUGGGGGAGUGGGGGGCAGUGGUGGGGCCUGUGGUGGGAUGUCCGGGCUGGUCGGGGGAGGUGUAGGGAACCUGAUGGGAAUGGGAAGCCCUAACCUUGGAGGAUGCAGGGAACAGGUAUUGUGCAGUGGAGGAGGAGGGGGCUCCAUGGGCAGCUGUCUAGCUAUGGGGACUGCCAGUCAGCGACGCUAUGACAGGGGUGCAUGUUCAGUCUAUGACCCACUGUUUGAGAAUGGGCUGUUUGACGCUGGGUCACUGGAGGCCCCUGUGGACCACACUACUCUUCAGCUGAAAAGAAGGCGAUUGGAAGGGCUUCGAUUGGCUGAUGGUGCUAGCGGAGGACACUAUGAACUGGGGGUGCAGGCUACCAUGACCACCCGGCCUUUGGAGUACCGUCUCCUUGAAGAGGAGAAUGCUUUGCUGAGGAAGAGGGUGGAGGAACUUAAGAAACAGGUCUCCAACCUUAUUGCCACCAAUGAAGUCCUACUGGAGCAGAAUGCUCAGUUCCGCAGCCAGCCUAAAGUCAUGACCCUUUCAUCCACGCCAGCUCCAGCUGAGCAGAGUCUGGCACCCCCUGUCGGCUCUGUGAGUUCCUACAACCAUGGCAUUGCCCAGACGCAUACAACUCUGAGCAGUGCCGGUCUCCAGCCUCGUCCUGUUACCCAGCAGGACCUGGUUGCACCAGCGGGGGCCCCAACAGCCCCUCCAGCUAAUGCUGCACCCCCAACUGCACCACCCCCUCACCUGAACCCAGAGAUUGCUCCUCUCUCGGCUGCACUUGCACAGACAAUUGCACAGGGCAUGGCUCCGCCUGUUUCAAUGGCACCUGUUGCAGUUUCUGUGGCACCAGUUGCUGUAUCCAUGGCACAGCCCAUGCCAGGCAUCACAAUAAGUCACGCCACAACACCAAUGGUAUCUUAUCCCAUCGCAAGUCAAAGUAUGAGAAUCACCACUCUGCCACAUUAGUGGCACAUUGGCCAUUUCUCACAGACACUUCAGUAAUGCUAAUGCUACAUUAACACAGUGAGCUAUGAGGUGUCCUAGGAUGUCUCUUUUUUAAACAUUGGUCAACUUGACCGACCCCUGAUGUACAUCUUUUCUGACCAACAAUAAACCAGUUCUAGAGGCACAUGUAAAAAUAAAAAUAAAUGUACAAGGUGGUAAAUGUUCAACAGUUCUCUCUAUUUUGUUGUGUGUUUUGACCUUUUGGCAUAAACUUAAUAAAAAAUACAUAAAUCACUAUAAAAUUAGAUCUGUUCUUGAUUAAUGACUAAAUAACAUGCAGUGUUGUAUAGAAAUUCUUUACAGUAACAUUCAUUUUUAAAGAAUGAUAAAAGUUUCAUUACUUUUUUAUCCUCUUGUUAUAUGCUGCCUGCUAAAAAAAAAAAAAGUUUUCACCAAGAUCUUGCAUUGAUGAUGGUAGAGUCUGACUGCUGUGCAAAGCCUUUUCCUGCACAUCCCAAAGAUUCUCAGUGGGGUUAAAAUCUGGAUUCUGUGGUGAAUAAUCCAUGUGUGAAAAUGAUCUCUUGUUCCCUAAACCACUUUUUCACAAUUCCAGCUCAAUGAAUCAUGGCAUUGUCAUCUUGGAAUAUGCCCGUGUUCAACAGGUAAGAAAAAAAUCCAUUGAUGGAACUACCUGGUCAUUCAGUAAAUACAGGUAGUCAGCUGACCUCAUUCUUUCAGCACAUACUGUUGCUGAACCUAGACCUGUCAAACUGCAGCAACCCCAGAUCAUUUGCUUAGUUAAAUUCAGGUAACAACUUCUUUGUGUUUCCAAUCAAAAUUCUAUCCUAUGACCAUCCUAUGUUCUAUGUCAUGCCUCAUGACUGCCACAGCAUAUAGAGAGUGGAUGACAAUCCCACUCAUUGUGUGACUUCUAUAGCAAUAUAGUCAUGAAUGACACCAUGCCCCCUUGCUAAAAUGGGGGAACGCAGAGGUUGCUCUGCCUCAUUUUACCUCUUUUAGUUGAGAGACUAAAAGUUUAUUUGCCCUCGCAGAGCUGGAUACAGUCUUUAUGCCAUUGGGUUUCAUUGGACUGCAGCAAUCUGCUGCUAUUCUCAGAGACCCAGAUGUAACCCACAUUAAAAUAUGGUUGUAUUACCAACUCUAAAAAACUCUAAAACUAUUAAUAUGAAAUAUGAAAUAUUAAUAUACUGAUAAUAUACAGUCAUUAAUAAGUUAAUAAUACUAACUAGAUCAUAUUAAGAACUUUAAAAUAAUAAAAUAGAUAAAGAUGGUUAAAAUAGUAAAAAAACAUUUCAUUUAAUGCAUCUUAGCAAGGGUACACUGUCUCUUUAAGACAGCCCUGCAGCUUGAAAAAAAAAAAAAACACAGGCAGUGAGUGCCCAGACCUGAGCUGAGAGCAGGGGAGACAUUUUGUCAGAGCUGCAAGAUUAAGCUAUUGUCUUGCAAAAAUACAGAUUUAAGCUAAAAAGCUGACUAAAAAGUUCUAAAAAUCAGCUCUACAGGUGUUUAACAGUCCAGUACCCGAUUAGGGUGGCAAAUUUCCCUGUUUUCAGCAAAAACAAGCUGGUUUUGGUCAGGUUUUUUCUCUUCCCUGAAAUUCAGUUCUGUUGCUGUUCAUGUUUCAACUGAGUGUGAGCGAACCAGACAUCAGAUGGCGAGCCAACCCAAGGAUGUGCCUGUGAAAGAUAGAAACUGAGCCUGUUCCUCCUGUACGGUAGGACCUGGAUCAAAUUGAGUUUUUGGAUUGAACAAAGUUAGACGGAACAUUUUUGAUAUUUUUUUUUU